GUCGCCGUUUCGAACUGGGCCAGCGCCUCGAUCAAACCGAAACGCCAGCGAGCCCGAUUCGCCUGAGCCCUGCCCAAGCUAGGGUUUCCUCCGCCGCGCCGGCGCUUGGCCACCACCCCCAGCCGCCGCCAUGUACAACGGCAUCGGGCUGCAGACCCCGAGGGGGUCCGGCACGAGCGGGCACGUCCAGGCGAGCAAGUUCCUCGCCAAGCCCCGGCCGUCCUCCUCCGCGGCCGGCGGCGGCGGGACCCCCGACCCGCGGCACUCCGGCUCCGGCCUCGAAGGGGCGCGGAAGCCGAACAGGGACAUCCUGGAGCACGGCCGGAAGCGGCAGGUGGAGCUGCGGCUGCUCGUGCUGAGGGACGCGCUCGAGGAGCAGGGGUACACGGAGGCCGAGAUCGAGGUGCGCGUCGAGGAGGAGCGCAAGGCCGCCGAGACCGAGGCGGCGGCGGAGGAAGGCCGGCCUGCUGCCCAGGGCGGAGGGUUCAUGGACACGCAUGGUCACCAUGCCGCUAUGCGGAAGGAGAACCAGCUGCAGACUAUGAGGGCUGCUCUUGGGCUUGAUCCUGAGGAUGUGCAGAAGAAAGGGGGCUGUAGAAAAUGAUAUGGAGCCUAGAGAGCUUGUUCCAAGGAAGCAGGGGAAGACAUGAAUGUAAUUUAGAUGCAGACUAUGAUCUCGGGGGCCCCGUGAUCUCGACAUCAAGAGGAUGGGGAUGUAGGAGAGUUUGGUGUUUGUGUACUUAGAGCGCACCUAAAUUAGAGUACUGCCCUGAAACAAAAUAUGGUAGUAGUAUGCAAUUGUUCUGAAUCUGUGAGAAGAGGUCACCUGGAUGUAUAUACAUCUCCCAUCUUUUUAAUUUUAGCAACUCGUGAGAAAGUAAGCCUGAUCUCAGAAGUCACAUUUUAGGAGCUGAGUAAUCUUCGGUUA